AUGGGCUGCGUGAGUCGCAGAACUCCCGUGACCGUUUCCAGACUUAACCGAAAUUUAGGACUUUCGGUUACGUCCGGAAGGGUCGAGAGAGAGAGAGAGCGACGGGCUCGCAACGACCGGCAGCGAGUGCACGGCGGCUGGCGAUGGGCACGCGGCGGUGCUCAGUGGACGCGCGGCUGCUGGCGAUAGGCGGCAGUGGUGGUCGGCGAACGAGAGAGAUGAGGAGCGACGGGCACGCAGCGACCGGCAGCGAGCGCACGCCGGCUGGCGAAAAGCGGCGGCAGACGGAGCGACGGGAGACGGCGGGAAGAGACGGAGGCUGCGGGAGAAGGCGGAGAGAGAAGGAACGAUGGGUGAAAACAGAGGAAAACGUGGAGCUGUUGGAGGGGGCGGAACGGAAGACAGCGAUGGGAAACAACAGAAAAUGGGUGUUGAUGUUCGUCCUUUGAGCCCUCAAGACUCCUUCCUCUUCUUGGAUCUUUAAAUUCCGCCAGGAUCAGGCGUUUUUCACUGCAAGAAGGAGAAGAGCAAGCAUGAACGAUUCAAAACGACUUACAUCUAUCAGGGUGGAUACCCCGAAUCCCGGAGAAUGCCUUGUCCUGCAGGCUAGCCACUUCUAGAGUACGUCCAGAAUGGGGGGGUAAAGAGGGAGGAUGAGAGUAUUUAUACAAGGGCAAGCAUGACUAAAAUGCCCCUUCAUAAUUCCCUCAUCUGUCUCCAUAAAUUUCUACAUCGCUUCCUCCAUGGACUUAGGCGGGUCUAAAUGGGCCUAGACAUGUCACCCGAACCUCCUCUAAUUUCACUUUGAAGCUCCAAAUCCGAAAUUCCUCCAAAGUACUCCUAGCCCAUUAAGCUAACUUUCAUCCACUAAAGUGCUCUUAAUAUAUUGUUGAUUUCUGUUAAAUUCUGCACGCAUGAAAACUUGAAAAUAUUUAUCAGUAAUAAAACUGCUUGACUUCUAUGAAGUUAAGCAGGGUUAGUCAAAAAUCAUGUAAAAUUCAUGCAUAGUGUGCAAAUAGUGAAAUUAAUGCAAAUCCAAAAAUAUUUAAAUCAUUCUAUUGAUAACAUGAUAUUUUCAGGAUUUAAAUGAACAAAAACCACAUGAAAUGUAAGGAAUAAUCAACACAAAUAUCAGGUUAUCACUCACCAAGAAGUAAGGAGCCCCCCCUCAAAUUAAGGAAACCACCCCAUUUAAGUUUAGUUCAUUCCUUUCUUGAUUAGAAGGAGGGGUAUGUGGCACCCCAAAUAUCAGGUUUGAUGAAUUAUGUUAAAAAUCUAUUUAAUAUUUUACAUUCAAUUUGAUUAUGUUUGACAUUAACUAGUAUGGUCUUUAUCAUCAAUUUUUCUCUGAUUAACAUAUAAACAUUAGGUUUUACCAAUGAAGAUCAUGGAAUUUCGUUUUACAAUCAAAUACAAGACAUCCAUCGACAAUAAGGCAAUAUAUGCCCUCUCAAUAACAUCACAAUCUCUGCUACAGUGGGAAUCAAUUAUUAUCUUGUAUUUUCCUUUUGAUUAUCACAAAUUAACUGAAAAGUUUGAUGAUGACGACCUGUAUAAGGCCUUAAAUACAAGACUAGGUAAUAUCAAAGACCUAUCAAAUGGACUAAGUAGAGGGCCCUAAAUACAAGCUUCAUUGUGGGCUUUUAUCCUACAAAGGGCAACUAUCUAUCCCUAUGAAUUAUGGUGUUAUCUCCACUUAUACUUAGAGGAUAUAAUGAUAACAUAGCUUGGGGACAUUUUGGAUUCUUUUGUACCUAUAAAUGCAUGACCCAUGAAAUUUAUUGGCAGAAAAUGAAACAAGCGAUCAAAGAUUAUGUAAAAUAGUGUCCACAAUGCUAAUGCAACAAAUAUGAAGCUAUCACUCUUUACGGUUACUCCAAUCCCUCCUGAUCCCUAACCUAAUUUCAGAUGAUAUCUUUCUUGAUUUCAUUGAAGGCCUCCUGUGCUCCAACAAAUAUUUAGCAAGCUUGGUAG